AUGGCUGCACGGACUGUGCCCCACGCCUACCCCAUGAGUUUGGAGUAUGAGUUUGCCAACCCCAGCAAGAUCUAUGACCAGAACUUUGGAGAAGGUGUGUCCCCCUGUGAGAUUCUAGCCCCUGCGCUGUACCACGGCUACUACAUCCGGCCUCGGAUCAACAAGCAGCUGGAUCGAGGCACCUCGGAGGUCAGCCUCAACCACCACCGCUUCCAGGUGUUCCUGGACGUCUGCCACUUCCUGCCCGACGAGCUCAGCGUCCGCACUGUCGACAACCUGCUGGAGGUGGUGGGGCAGCACCCGCAGAAGGCUGACCGCCACGGCUUCAUCUCCAGAGAGUUCACCAGGACCUACAUCCUCCCGCUGGACGUCGACCCCCUGCGGGUCAAGGCCACCCUGUCCCACGACGGCAUCCUGAGCAUCGUGGCUCCCCGGACAGGGAAGGAGGUGAAGGCCAGAGUCAACGAGGUGAAGAUAACCCAAGAGGAGCGGCCAGUGGGGAAGGAAGAACAGUCUGAGGGAGGAAAAGGGAAGGAAGAAUCCUAA